UCAUCACAAAGUGGGGAGAAUCACAACCACAUGCAGAAGGGGAAAACAAUCAUGGAAGCUCAAGCUCUACUGGCCCUCACUCUCUUAAGCAUCUAUGCCUCAGGCAAACCACAGUUAUCAUCAACAGGCUUUGAACUUCCAUGCAUCCAAGUCUUCAUUUUCCUUGGAUGCCCCAGAUGGGUGGUCUGGUAGAUUUUGGGGAAGAACUCACUGCUCCAAGGACCCUUCAGGAAAAUUCACAUGUGGGGGUGCUGAUUGUGGCUCUGGUGAAAUCCCAUGCAAUGAUGCAGGUGCAAUUCCACCAGCAUCUCUGAUGGAACUCACACUAGCCUCAGGACCAAAUAUGAAGAGAGCUCCUCUGGGUAAGGAGAAAGCUCCAAUUCCAAAACUGAACCUUUUGGGACUGGAUAGAGCUACUAGCAUCAAUCUGAGUCAUCUGGGAACACAAGUUAUAAACUGGAAUACAAGUAUAUUUUGAAUUAAAUAAAAAUUAUGGCAAGUAAUUAGUAAUUACUACAAUGCUAGUUAGAGUAGUUUGAAACAAACUUGUCAUACUGCUUCUUCUAUUGAUAUUUUUUUUAUAUUAAAGAACAAGCUGUACUACAAUGGUUAUUUUUACAAGAAUGGAUAUUCUUAAGGAUUCAAUUAAUAGCUAAAGAAAUAUGAUUAAAUGAUUAGUGCGGGAAU